CAUCAACAUCUUUUGCAAAGACGCCAUUGAAUAAUUAGUUAAAAUUUCAUUUAAAAAAUGACGUCUAAUGAAUUCCACAUGAUUUGGGAACAAAAACAUUUGGGAACAAAACUUGACGUGUAGGAAAAUAUAAUAAAGUGUUCGGCACCUUAUGAAAUCAGGGCUUCGCGGGAACGUGGGUGGGUGUGUGUCUGUGUCUCUCUGUGUGUGUCUGUUUGGACAUCGAACAAAGCACAUAAUCGUGUUGCGCAAGCGAUCGAAACAAUAAGAGUAUCACCCAUUGAAGGAUUGGCCUUCGGAGAACGGGCAAGAAGAGAGGACAAAAAAGUGAGAUAGAUAGACGAAGGUGGUUUUGUUCGUCGGGUUAUUCGGAUGUACGAUCGUGAAAGAGGUGGAGCUGUUGAAGUAAGAGGAAGACGAAGGGAACAAGGAGGAAGAGGAGGAGGAGGAGGACAGGGUCGAUGGAACAACGUUCGAAAAAGGACGAAGACGAGGAGGAGACAAGAAGAACAUUUGUAACAUCUCGAGGAUGGUGAUCGGUUUCACGAGAAGAUUCCUCGUUCUCGUGGCCGUCACCGUCUGUGCCAGCAUUUCCUUACCCUUAGAGGAUUACCCCAAAUGCAACGAUCGCAGAUCACCACCUCAGACCCUAGCGACAUGUCGUUACGAUUUGGAUUGCAUGGAAAAUGCUUUCUGUUGGAAUCAAAAGGCUUGCUAUUGCAAAGACGGCUACGUCGUUUACAGGAACAACAGCAACUAUCAUUGCUUGAAAGUGGCCAACAACAUCGAGGAUACCUGCGUGGCCGAUGUCCAAUGUCACUUGACCUUUACCCUCCACUCCGAAUGUCGUAAUCACGUUUGUCAAUGUUCUUCCACGGCUCAUUUCGUAAACGGGAGGUGUUACGAAUCCAUUGGAUUGGCUAGAAUAUGUCAAACGAAUCAUAAUUGUUACGUAAAGGAUAGCUAUUGCGUUAAUGGUUAUUGCGUUUGCGAUAAUCGUCAGCAUCCCAAUCCUGAGAGAACAAAAUGUAUCAAAAAUGCUUAUUUAGGGGACAAAUGCGAACAGGAUUUCGAGUGCGUAUCGGAGAACACGAGGUGCAUGGAAAUCUGCAAAUGUAAAGUCGAUUAUGUACUUUCGGAGGAUGGUACGCGAUGUUUGAAAGCAGCCAACUCUGUUGGCGAAGGCUGCCGAGAAGAUUCGCAGUGUCAGGAAUUUUUACAGAACACCAUUUGUCAGGAUAAUGUUUGUACAUGCGUAGAGGAGUAUCAUCGUCGUGGUCCUGUCUGUGUCAGGGAUGUUGGACUGGGUCAACGUUGCGUGUCCCAUAACGAAUGCGUAACUCAAACCUACAAGCAUUCCAAUUCGACAGAUUUGAUGAAAGUUGAUUGUUUAAAUGAUCGCUGUACGUGUGCAAAGGAUUACAUAAUGUCGCAAGAAUUGGACGAUUGUAUUCGAUACAGCGAAAGUGGUGCUACCAGUUUGCAAACUUAUAGAAUCUUCUUUCUAAUAAUUUUUGCAAAUUUAUCUAUCUGGAUAGUGGAUAAGAUCAAGGAAUCGUAAACUACCGAACCAAAUAGCAACAAACCUCUAAGAUACACCAUUUACCUUACCUAGAUGAUUAUUUUAAUAUGAUAUACGUAUUUAUUGAAAAUUAUUCCAUAACUCGAUCGUGUAAAUAAAGAAGAAACUUACGAUAGGCGUAGAUAUAACCAAAGACAAUUGACGACGAGUAUAACGCGUUAAACGUAAUCACUCGACGAAGUUCAAGUAUUUAUUUUUCAGAGUUUAAAUAGAAUUUU